AUGCUUCGAUUGCUCCAAUUCUACGUAAAGCUCUUGAGCGCCAUCGUCGAUGCUUUUCAAGCUGAACCUGAACCGGAACAAGAUCCGCCUCCCAGGACACCCGUGGAGGACCUGAGCAUGCCUGAACUGCGCUGGAUGCGGGAAGAGCUCAAGGUCUAUGUGCUUCGAUGUGAACAAGUGGCGGGGGACCCUGUUAACUUCACUGAAGAGCAGAGGGCUCAUGCCGCAUUCUGCUAUCCAAGUUUCAAGGAACAGCUUGAAAAGGUGCAGGCAGUUCUCCUGCAAAGGGGAAACUUUCCGCCAAAUUUAAAGAAAUAUCCUUAG